UGAGCGCUCCUCCAAACCUCAAAUUGGGUUCAGGCCAAGAGGCCCCAAGUGAUGGAGUGAUGGUGCUAGUGGUGCAGCUGCCGGCGCAGAGCCACCUAAACCAGCUGCUCACGUUCGUUCGCCUGCGUGGUUGCCGAGCAUGGCCGGCCUGCCGGUGGUCUUUGCUUGCUCAGAAAUCCACGCGAGACAGGCCGCUCACCGCUUCAGUGGCUUUGAUUGCACCUCCCUUCCCAACCUCCGGUUUCACAUGCUCCCCUUCCCACAAUUUCCUAGUUUGUCCCCUGACCCGGAGUCCUCCAGCAAGUUCCCGGCCCACCUCCAGCCUGUCUUAGAUGCCACUUUACUCCACUUACUGUCCUUGUCCGCGAACUCGCGAGCUCCCACCGUCGCGUGGUAGUCAUCCACGACGCUGCCAUGUCUGUGGCUGCCGGUGCUGCUGCUGAGUGCCCGCCCUAAUUCCGAGGCGUACGGCUACCGCUGCACCAGCACAUGCUUUUCCGUAUGGUUCCCUAGUGAAGGAGAGGGCUCCUUCAUUGCAUAGUUGCGUAAGUGAGACCUUCAAGGAGACGCAGUCGGAGGUUCCAACACCACCUCCACAAGGGAGUGCUCCACAACACCUUCCAUGCCCUUGAAGGUCAAUUCCCCGCUCUCCAUGUUUGGGCAGUGGGGCCGACACUCCUUUUGCGGGAGCAGCCUCAAGAGCCACACAAGUUCCAUGAAUGUAUGCAUUGGUCGGAAAAUUGGCACCACAGUAUCAAUGUGCGCAGCAGAGGUGAGGGAACUAGCGCAAGGAUUGGAAGCCAUCGGGCAUCCCUUCCUUUGGGUGCUAAGAUAUGCAGACAAAGGGAACAUAUUCGCCGGAGGAGAGGCGGAAGAUACUCCUGGGCUACCGGAAGGGUAUGAGAAGAGAGUGCGAGGGAGGGGGUUGAUAGUGAGGGAUUGGGCACCCCAAUUGAAGAUACUGCGUCACCCCUCCACAGGUGGGUUCAUGACGCAUUGCGGGUGGAACUCGUGCAUGGAGAGCAUCUCCAUGGGUGUUCCAAUGGUGGCAUGGCCUAUGCACUCAGACCAGCCGGUGAACGCGCAGUUAGUUACAGGGGUGCUCGGGGUGGGGGUGGCGGUGAAGGAGUAGCACGAGAGGGACGACGUUGUUAAGGCAGAGAGAGUGGAGAAGGCGGUGAGGAAGCUGAUGGGGUCGGAAGAGGGGGCGGAAAUGAAGAGGAAGGCGGCGGAGCUGAGGGACGCCGCCCGACGGGCUGUGGGGAAGGGCGGGACAUCUCGCGAUGCCCUCGAUUCCUUUCUGGCACACAUCUCUAGACCUUGGACAAGUCCUUGCUCUUGACUUUCGCUGUUAUUAGCAAGUGAGGUUUGUAUAAGGGUGUCGACCUUAUACGCCUCAAAAUUACGUCAAAAACGCUUUCGGUGGCGAAAAGC